AUGGACGACGGCCAAAAGUGCAGGCUGUUCGUGGGCAACCUGCCGAAGGUGAAAACGGAAAAGGAAAUAUUCGACGAAGUGAGCCGCAUAACGCGUGGUCAUCUGGUGCGUGUGAUCACGUACAAGAACUUUGACGACCCGUCGAUGCACCGGGGCUUCUGCUUCCUGGAAUACGGGUCGGUGGCCGCGGCUACGGACGCCAAACGGGCACUGUCAAAGCAAAAGAUAUUCGGGUGCAAAACGUACGUGGACUGGGCGGACCCGGAACCGCAGGUGGACGCGGAUACGAUGGCCACAGUCCGCAUACUGUUCGUCAGUCAGUACGGCGGCAUACUGGACGAACGCGUGCUAGCCAAGGUGUUUGGCCAGUACGGGGUCGUAGAGCGCGUAAAGAACCUGAAGAACUACGCGUUCGUGCACUUUGAGCGGCGUGAGGAUGCGCAGUCAGCCAUGGACGCGCUGGACUGUUCCAGGGACGUGGCUUCAGGCGUGUGCCUCGACGUCGAGUGGGCCAAGCCGCCAGUAGACAUGCAAACGCGGCAGCGGAUAUUGCGUAACCGGGAAUGCCGGGUACGGAAAUCCGCGGUCGCAGCCAUGAGUCAACCGGUUCGCUAUACCCCCCAGUCAUUGGGACGCGCUCCCGAAGCCAAAAGAUGCGUCGGUCCCGCCCCCGUCGCCGCAGCCUACACCAAGUACGACCAUUGCGGUUACGACUUCGGACUACGGCAACCGUGCAACCGGUGCACCCCCGCAUCCAUGGUAAGCAUUCCCGUAGCCGAGGCCACGUUCGAUGAGCACAACAGCGAAAGUGCAUGCCAAAGCUGUACCAACGUUACGAGUGCGGACGAGUGCAAAUCGGUCCGUCACGACGAUGGCGAUUGGAAGAAGGGUUGCACGAGAACGUUGGACCAGAAACUGUUGAACUUUUUCGAAAGAAUGUCCACGAGCUGCGCCAAAAACGAUUAA